CCUAAUUUUCAUUUCUCGUUUCUGCGGCGAAACCAGAAAGAGAUCACAACCCAACACACAACAAUGACAACCCGAUUCAAGAAGAACAGGAAGAAGCGCGGCCACGUCAGUGCCGGUCACGGUCGUAUCGGAAAACACCGCAAGCAUCCCGGAGGUCGUGGUAACGCCGGAGGUAUGCAUCACCAUCGCAUCCUCUUCGACAAGUACCAUCCAGGUUACUUCGGUAAAGUUGGUAUGCGUUACUUUCACAAGCUCCGUAACAAAUUCUAUAACCCCAUUGUCAACAUCGACAAGAUCGCUUCUUUGAUUCCUCAAGAUGUUAAGGAGAAAGCUUUGAAGGAGAACAAAGCGCCGGUGAUUGAUGUUACUCAGUUUGGGUUUUUUAAGCUUUUAGGGAAAGGUGUUUUGCCGCAGAAUCAGCCUUUUGUUGUGAAGACGAAGCUGAUUUCGAAGAUUGCGGAGAAGAAGAUUAAGGAAGCUGGUGGUGCUGUUGUUCUUACUGCUUAGGUUUUUUGUUUUGUUGCUUUUGAACAAUUUUAUGUUAUUUGUUUUCCUAGAUUUGAACUUGAGAUUAUGUUGGUUUUGUUUUGGUUUAAUUAUGAAAAACUACAUAUUCCAGUGAUAAUGAUAUAUUAUGCUUUUGAUCCUAGUUUAACAA